UAUAACAAUAUUUCUCUAUCCAAUAUCGAAGAUACUUGCAAUCUGAAUGUAGUGGAUCACUUAUGGAAUGAUGCAAAGCAAUGAACCUUGAGUCAUCGCGCCUAAGUCAACUCUUCUUGUUGCUAUAGACGUUCGCUCUGCUCGCAGGGUUGUUCACCCCAUUUGUGGUUUAGUGUGAGCUGUUGGUCAGUGUGUUUGCUUUCCUAUUUUUCAGGUGAACCUCCAGUUAUCACAAUUUUCCGAUGAGCGGAUCUAAGCGCGGAAGGAAAUCUGUCAUGGGUCUUGACCUAACAAAUAUCAUUGAUUCCCCACCAGGAAGUGCCGAGUCGAGUGGAACUCGCAGAAGAUCCUUGAGAUUACGCCGCAAAUCUACAUGUGCAGUGUCCCAUGACGAACAAACACUACCAUCUAGAAGAUAUCGUCGAAAGUCUGUGAUAGACCCGCAAACUCAGGUAAGUGCGUCUGCUACGUUGAAUAAGUUACUUGUUUAUUUAUUUUCAUUCCUUCACGUUCCCAGUGGAAUAUAGGGCUUCAAGCUAGAGACUUGAAUUUUCUGUAGCAAUGUUUAUUUUUACAGCAUGGGGUUGUUAGCAGAAUGACAAGGGUUUGAUACUAAACAUAUGUUCAACGUUAAAUUACUUUCGAUGUGCAGGAAUGAAAAUGAGUCAGCACAUCAAUAAAAGACGACAGCAUGUGGGAAUAUUUAGGACUUCGCAUAUUGGAUAUUGGAUGGGGUUUCUAUCCUCUCGCUCAACCGAUUUCUCUUAAGCAACUUCAUUUCUGGUUCACCGAGGUUUAGGAGUGCGUUGGCCGGCGGUUGAAACCGUGUGGACAUCCGAGGUCGAGGGGAAUUCUACCGCUGCACCGUGAACUCAGUAUGUUCAUAUAAUCACUGUUAAAUAAUCUUUGUUCCACAUACUUUUUCAAUAUAGAUUUUCCAAAUUGAAACGUCAUUAAGACAAGGUUUAUAUAUAACGUAUUCACCGUAUUGGAUAUCGAUACCAUAUCACUUUAUUGGUCUUGUUUUGCAUUCGAAUGUAGUCUGCGUUAGCAUUGUUGACAGUUGGCUGAUGUAGUUGUUAGCUAUAUCAGACUAUUACGAAUAUUCGUCACAUCUUCUGUAUGCGAAUUGUUCAGUGCUUCUGUUUAAAGAUUUCAAAACUGGUAGUCUGUUUAAAUGAUAAAUCAAAAUAGUGAAAGUAACACAGGACAGGACAUAUAAAAACUUGGACCGUGGUGUUGCCAUUUUAACGCAUGCUUUGUACUUGAUUGCAUAGAUGAAUCACAUAUAUGAGUUCUCAUACAUUCAAAUAUCCUACUUCAAGAUAGUUAUUCCAUUCGUUAACCGUUUCUAGCUUUCGCGAAAUUCUUCACUUCUGUCCACUUUAAGUACCCAGUCGCCUUGUGUGAAAACCCAAGCAUUUUGAUUUAGUUGUCAUUUAUAUAAACAUCCCCUUUCUCUCCGUCUCUC